AAACCCACUGUCCCAGAAAAAGCGCCUAUGGGGUCAAUUACAACUAGUGCUCCAUUUGAGCUCGUUUCUAUUGAUUAUCUUCAUCUGGAGCCAAGUAAGGGAGGAUUUGAGUAUGUAUUAGUCUUGGUCGAUCAUUUUACACGCUUCGCGCAAGCGUACCCAACUAAGAACAAGUCAGGCAAGACAGCAGCUGAGAAAAUCUUCAGUGAUUUUAUUCCCCGUUUCUCUUACCCUCAGAUUUUGCACCAUGACCAGGGACGGGAGUUUGAGAAUAAUCUAUUCCAGCGGCUCCAACAGCUGUCUGGCAUUGCUCACUCUCGUACUACCCCAUACCACCCGCAGGGGAAUCCGGUCGAACGGCUGAAUAGAACGCUGUUACAGAUGCUGCGCACUCUCCAAGAGGAAAGGAAAACUGAGUGGAAAGAUUAUUUGCCCCAUAUAGUCCAUGCGUACAAUUGUACGAAACAUGAAGCCACCGGCUAUUCACCAUUCUUUCUCCUCUAUGGAAGAGCCCCACGCCUGCCCAUCGACUUAGUCUUUGACCUGGGGACAGAGGAAGAAGUGCCAAGUCGCGAGGAAUAUGCACAGAAAUGGGCUACUCGAAUGCAAGAGGCUUACAGGAUAGCCUCAGAGAAUAGUCGUAACAGUUCAGCUAAAGGAAAAAAAUACUACGACCGUGGUGUUAAAGGAAUUGCACUUCAGCCAGGAGACCGCGUGCUUAUCAGGAACCUCUCAGAGAGAGGUGGCCCUGGCAAACUCCGUGCUUACUGGGAGAAGACAGUGCACAGAGUUAUUGAAAGGAUGGGGGAGAGCCCUGUGUACAAAGUUCAAGCUGAAAAGGGUGACCAAACUACCCGUGUACUCCAUCGUAACCUUCUCUUAUCUGUUAAUGACUUGCCAUUCGAACAAGAUGAGCAAUCUUGUCAUGCACCACGGCAACAAAUACAGCAGAGACCCAAACAGACGAACAGCAGAGAAGUAGAUGAGCAAGAUUCUGAUGGUUCUGUUGACGAGGAGGGAUAUGUGUACAAUCCCCGACGGCUGCCUGUGUACACAAGGAGAACAAUCAGACAUCAGAAGCCUCCAUCUGAUACAUUCAGCAAUCUCAGAGUAGGGGCACAAGAAUUCCAACCUCCAAGACGUGCAUCAGCUUCAGGUGCUGAGUAUCAGCAAAUGGAAUAUGCUCCCAUUGUCGUACCGGCAUCGGCACCAGCACAACUACAGGAUGACAUACCGUCUGCUGAGAAUGUCCAUGAACAAACUGGAACAGUUGAUCGAGCAGAUGAUACAGGUCAAGGAAUGCCAGAGGGGAUGGUUGAGCCUGAUAGAGAGUCACAAGGUGGAGAGCUCUUAAGGAGGUCCACCCGCAGGGUUCAACCCAGAGAGAGAUUCACUUAUGACCAAUUUGGGCAACCAUCAUACCAGCCCUGGGGACACGGAGUUAAUGCUAUGUUCUCGUUUGUUCCUUACCCCAUGACUCCGUACCCCAUCUUACUCGGAACAGACUACUACCCUACUCCGACUGUGUGGACUCAUUAGACAGAUGGCUUCUCCUAGACUGUUACCUGUCUAGGUUAUUUCUUGUUGGUGUAGUUCUAGAUGUCCGGAGACAUCUCUUGAAGUGGGGGAGAGUAUAGUGGGUCUAGAAUUAAUGUUUUACUAAAACAGACACCCCCAUUUUUGAAAAGAUUAUUUUAUUUUAUGAUGAUUAGAACAACUUUCUAACAUUAACUGACACAUGUCGAUGACCACCUAGUCAGUAAAGGGCGUUACUGUGAGUGAAUGAACAAACGAGGAAACUUCUGUAGUCUCUGCCCGCGCAUGCGCAAUCAAUAAUAAACCGCUGCCAGCAGAGCCAGGUACAACGUAUUAACGUGUCCGUUCCUCAUCAUUCACAGAUCCACAGCGCAUCCUGCCUGUGUAUCGCUUGUGCCGGCCCAGAUUUCCCCUAGGUCUGAGGCCGGUAAC